UAAAUUAUAUUGACAAUGAGAUACACAUACAAAGAAUCAUCCAAAAUUAAUAAGUUUGAAAAGUCGCCCUCUAGUUGGUAUCUUAGUAAUGUGUAUCAUUCAUUACUUGUAUUUUCCGUGUUUUGACUUCAUCUCUCCUUUCAAUCCCUAUAUAUAUAAACCACAACUUACCAUUUCUAAAACCAUCAACAAAAACUCUUCUACUUCAAAAACCUUCAAACUCUUCUACUUCAAAAACCUUCAAACUCUUCAAACCAAACGCCCCCACCCCCCCCCCCCCCCCCUAAACAAACAAAAAAAAAAAAAAAAAAAAAAAAAGUCAACCAUAAAAUUACCCAAAAAAAAAAUGGAUCACAAUGAAGAAAUAGAUGUUCCACCAUUUUUCAUUUGUCCAAUUUCAUUACAAAUAAUGAAAGAUCCAGUUACAGUUUCAACAGGAAUUACUUAUGAUCGUGAAAGUAUUGAAAAAUGGGUGUUUACUAACAAUAAUACAACUUGUCCUGUUACUAAACAAUCUCUCAAUAUUGAUUCUUCUGAAUUUUUUCUUACACCUAAUCAUACUCUUAGGAGGCUUGCUCAAUCUUGGUGUACUCUCAAUGCUUCCUAUGGUGUUGAACGCUUUCCUACGCCGAAGCCCCCGGUUACGAAAAAACAAGUGUUGAAGCUUAUUGAUGAUGCCUCCAACUCGUCGGCUCACCACCUUGUUAAGAAUCUUGAGAAGCUCAAGUCUAUUGCUUAUGGGAGCAGUGCUAACAAGCGUUGCUUGGAGACUACCCCGGGUGUUGCCGAGUUCUUGGUGCGUCUGAUUGUAGUUAGUGAGUCGGAUGAAGAUAAUAAGCAUUGUACUUACAAUAGUGUGAGCGAUGAAGCUUUGAGGAUACUAUCUCAUCUUCAGAUAUCGGAUGAGAUGGUGUUAAAGAAAGUGUUGAAGGAGAAUGAAGGAUUGUUGGUUGAUUCAUUGGUGAGGAUCAUGCAGAAGAAUAGCUACGAGUCGAGAGCGAAUGCUGCAGGGCUAAUGAAGCAGCUUGUGCAAGUAGCCGAGCCUACACAGUUAGUUGCAUUUAGUCGCGAACAUUUUGUAGAAGUAGUCGAAAUGAUAAAAGAUGAUGUAUCCCCUAAGGCUACCAAGGCCGCGCUUAAAGUGUUGGCCUUGGCGUGUCCCUGGGGGAGGAACAGGAUUAGGGUUGUCGAGGCAGGGGCGGUCCCAGUAAUGAUCGAGCUUCUAUUGUUGUGUAAUGAGAGGAGGAAUAUUGAAAUGGUACUAGCAGUGUUGGACCAGCUCAGCGGGUGUGCUGAGGGAAGGGCCGAGUUGCUAGGCCAUGCCGCGGGUUUGGCUGUGGUGUCAAAGAAAAUCCUUAGAGUGUCUCAUUUUGCUACGGAGAGGGGGAUAAAGAUAUUGUACGCAAUUUCGAAAUAUUCGGGAAGUCCGAGUGUGGUGCAGGAGAUGGUGCAGUUAGGGGUGGUGACGAAAUUGUGCUUGGUAUUACAAGUUGAUUGUGAGGCAAAGACAAAGGAGAAGGCUAGAGAGAUCUUGAAGAUGCAUGCUAAGGCUUGGAAGAACUCUCCUUGUGCUCCUGCUCAUGUCUUUGGCUUUGAUUAAUUAGUUAGCUGCAUCAAAUUGAUGUAGUCCACAAUUUCAUUUCAUUUAGAAAAUUGUCAUCAUUUAAUUCAUUUUUUGGUGUACAUAAAAGGAUCCAUUAUUGAAAUUUAAAAAAAAAAAAAAAAAACAGCGCGGCACCCCUAACCUCAAAACUAAUUCCGUUAACGAAGUUUGUUUGACAGCCCUAAUUGGCACCCCUAACCGGUGCUAACUACAUAAAUCCCCAGGAGCUAACUACAUAAAUCCCCAUAAACAGCGCGGCCAGGAAGUUUGUUUGUGAUAAUUCCGUUCCUAUUGAGUUUGACUAGGACCUACAUACGAGGACGGUUCUAGCGAGGUGUAAUAGUGUGGGGGACCUUUAUCCUUUCUCUUUGUCUACUGCUGCAAGAGAACAUGAACAUCUCUCACUUGCUGCUAUCUCUCCUUCAAUUUGGCAUAGUAGACUUGGACAUCUGGGAGCACCUGUUUUUAAUUUUCUUAGAAACAAUGGUUUAAUUAAUUGUAAUAAAGGGAACAAUUCCCAUUUUUUCUAUUCUCGUCCUUUGGGAAAGCAUACUAGAGUUCCUUUUUAUUUUUC